AUGAACUCCGACUCCGGUCUCGAACGGACCGAUGACCAGGCUGCCCUGGCUCGGCUCGGCAAGAAGCAAGUCUUGAAGCGUCGGUUCGGUUUUCUCUCCAUUGUCGGUUUCGCGAUGGCUGAGUUGAUUACUUGGGAGACCGUCCUGACUCUGUUCAAUCAGUCCUUCGAAAAUGGAGGUCCGGCGGGUGCCUUUUAUGGCUACAUCAUUGCCUGUCUUUCGACCUUAUCCACCUACACGGUCAUUGCGGAACUGUCUUCGAUGGCUCCUAUCGCCGGUGGUCAGUAUUACUGGGUGUAUAUGCUUGCACCCAUGCGCUGGAAGAAAGUCUCGAGUUACCUGAUCGGAUGGCUCACCUCACUUGCAUGGAUUGCGACCAUCGCAACUGAGACCAUUUUCCUGGGCACCAUGAUCGAAGGCUUGAUUACUUUGAAUGAUAUAGGAUUUGCUCAGCAGCGUUGGCAAAACACUCUCCUGGCCUGGGCUAGCAUCGCCGGAACAUUCUUCAUCAAUGUGGUGUUGCCCAACGCGCUUCCCCGUUUUGAGAUCGCAAUGCUUGUACUGCAUCUGGCGGGCUUCGUCGCUAUCAUGGCUACAUUAUUGGCUCUAUCUCCGAAGAGCACCCCUGACUUUGUCUUCCACACAAGUCUGAACGAGGGUGGUUGGCCUACCCAGGGGAUUUCCUACUGCGUCGGCUUCAUCGGCAAUGUCGCAACCUUUGUCGGUGCAGACGCCAGCGUUCACAUGGCCGAGGAGGUUGCCAAUGCAGCUGUUGUGAUCCCUCGGGCUAUCAUCACAGGCAUGACGCUCAACAGUGCCCUUGGCUUCGCAAUGAUGCUCACCGUUCUCUUCUGCAUUGGUGAUGUUAAAUCGGUCCUGGGUUCCAACACCGGAUUCCCUUUCAUCCAGAUCUUCUACAACAGCACACAGUCGUACGCAGGUGCGUCUGUCAUGACGGCGCUCAUCAUGGUCUUGACCAUGGCCUGCUCGACCGGCAUUACUGCCACCGCAUCUCGUAUGACCUGGUCCUUUGCGCGAGACCAGGGCCUGCCCUUCUCCCACUACCUGAAGCAGGUGAACCAUCGCACCAAAAUUCCCAUCGUAUCUGUCUCCGUAGUCUGCGGAUUUGCCGCAGCCCUGACGCUCAUCUACAUCGGCUCCACAACCGCCUUCAACGAUGUUAUCUCCCUGACGGUCACCGGAUUCUACAGCACCUAUUUCCUCCCAAGCGCAUUCCUCCUCUACCACCGGAUGAAAGGACACAUUCUCCCCCACGGAACAAUGCUCGAUGGCCUCCCGGAUGCACCCGCCAGCGCCAGCGCCAGUACUAAGGAGAAACCUGCUGCCCCCUUGCGCCCCAAAUCCCCUGAUGCGAACUCAAAUCAACCCAGCCCCAGCCCUGGCCCCUCUUCUAGCCCCGAACGCAACCCAUCUGAAAAAACCACCAAGCAACUCGAGUAUGAAAUUUCUCAGGCGCCUUUGAUCUGGGGCCCUUGGAAGGUUCCGGGUAUCCUCGGCACUAUUAACAACCUCUAUGCAUGCGCGUACAUGCUCUUCGUCAUCUUCUGGAGUGUCUGGCCUCCUAGCACGCCAGUUGAUUAUUCCACCAUGAACUAUAGCAUCGUCGUCACAGUCGGUGUGCUCAUUCUAAGUGGAAUCUGGUACGUUGUGCGGGCCCGCAAGGAGUACUCCGGUCCUUUGAUUGAUGAGGAAGUUGCCGCGAUAAUGCAUCUUUCUCCGGCUGCUAUAAAGGCUUCAUCGCAAACAACCGAGGUUUAA